AUGGGUAUCGUUGAAAAGAUCAAGGAAAUCGAGGCGCAGAAGAAUAAGGCCACGGAGUACCAUCUGGGCUUGCUGAAAGCCAAACUUGCUCGCUAUCGUGCACAGUUACUCGAGCCGGCUUCAAAAUCUGGGCCUGCUGGUACAGGAUUUGACGUUCAAAAGUCUGGAGAUGCUCGAGUUGCCUUGAUCGGUUUUCCAUCGGUGGGAAAGUCUACACUACUCAGUAAACUUACGCAUACGGCAUCAGAAGCAGCAGCAUACGAAUUUACAACCUUGACGGGCGCGCGUAUACAGCUCCUUGAUCUUCCUGGAAUUGUCGAAGGCGCUAGUCAAGGUAGAGGACGUGGUCGACAGGUCGUGUCAACGGCAAAGACCGCAGAUCUCAUUUUGGUUAUGCUCGACGCCACCAAGUCAGAGGAACAACGACGACUCUUAGAAAUCGAGUUAGACGCCGUAGGAAUAAGACUCAACAAGAAGAAGCCAGAUGUCGUAUUCAAGAAACGUACAACAGGCGGUUUCACGUCCACCGUUAAACUGACGAAAACUGACGAGAAGACUAUCCGAACGAUUCUUGCGGGAUAUAAACUUCACAAUUGUGAUGUUAUGAUCAGAGAAGAUAUAACAACUGACGAAUUCAUUGACGUUCUUAUUGGGACCCGCAAAUAUAUUCCAUGCCUGUAUGUCUAUAACAAAAUCGACUCCAUCAGCCUAGAACAAGUCGACAAGCUUGCACGAACGCCUCACACGGUUGUCAUUAGUUGUGAGAUGGAUCUCAACUUGACAUUCUUGGUCGAGAAAAUUUGGGAUGAACUUGGGAUGGUGAAAAUAUACACUAAAAAACGUGGCGACCAUCCAGAUCUCAAUGACCCCAUUUGUUUACGGAAGGGAUCCACGAUCGAGAAUGUUUGUAAUGGCGUUCAUCGGUCACUUGCACCAAAUUUCCGAUACGCGUUGGGAAAGUCUAGCAAAUUCAAUCCCCAUGCACAGAAGGUCAGUAUUACGCACUCGGUCCAAGAUGAAGAUGUCGUUUCCAUUUUCACGAAGUAA